AUGGCGGACGCCUGUGAAGGAAACGGAAGUCCCCGCGUCUCCCUCACGCGCCUCCACCAGCCAGGCCAUGCCCUGGAGAAACCCCGAGUCUGGAAACCCCGAAGUAUGGCCACGUCAGGGACUCCAAAAAGACACCAGACGCGAUUAGAGCCGCGCCUGCUCGGGACGCCGCCAACGUCCCGCCACUUCUCCGAGCCGGAAGGGGGCAGCAAGAAGAAACGGAGCCUUUUUGCCCCCCGCAUCCCCCCCCCCAGAUGGAAACCUGAACCCGACUCAGCGACUGAAUAUCUUGAAGUGACCGGUGUGGAGCCGGUGGCCUAUAUUGAGCUCUGUGGAAAGACUUUUAUCUAUAAGCAUGGUCUAAAAUUACACCAAAGUCUCCAUCAAUCACAAAAGCAGUUCCAAUGUGAAUUAUGUGUUAAGUCAUUUGUUACCAAACGGAGUCUACAAGAACAUAUGAGUAUUCAUACAGGAGAGUCCAAUUACCAUUGCUCAGUUUGUGGAAAGUCUUUUCAUAGGGGCUCUGGACUAAGCAAGCAUUUCAAGAAACACCAGCCAAAGCCUGAGGUUCGAGGCUACCAUUGCACUCAAUAUGAAAAAAGUUUCUUUGAAGCUAGCGAUCUUCGUCAACACAUGAACAAACAUCUUGGUGUGAAGCCAUUCCAGUGCCAAUUUUGUGACAAGUGCUACAGUUGGAAAAAAGAUUGGUAUUCCCCUGUGAAGUCUUAUUCUGUCACUGAGCCUUAUAGGUAUAAUAUAUGUGGCAAAGAAUUUUAUGAGAAAGAUUUGUUCAGAAGACAUGUUAAGAAAGCUACCCAUGGGGAAAAAGGGAGAGCAAAACAAAACCUGGAACGGGUGUGUGAACAAUGUGGAAGAAAAUUCACUCAGUUGAGAGAGUAUAGAAGACACAUGAACAACCACGAAGAUGUUAAGCCAUUUGAGUGAUUAACAUGUGGAGUAGCUUGGGCUGAUGCCCGAUCUCUAAAACGUCACGUCAGAACACAUACUGGUGAACGGCCCUAUGUCUGUCCCGUAUGUAGUGAAGCCUACAUUGAUGCUCAAACACUCCGUAAACAUAUGACCAAAUUCCACAGAGACUAUGUGCCUUGCAAAAUUAUGCUGGAAAAAGAUACCCUUCAGUUUCAUAACCAAGGAACUCAAGUGGAACAUGCUGUUAGCAUCUUAACAGCAGACAUGCAUGGACAAGAAAGUAGUGGUCCUCAAGAACUUGAGACUGUGGUAGUGACAGGAGAAACUAUUGAAGCUCUGGAGGCUGUUGCAGCCACUGAAGAGUGCCCAUCGGUAUCUACGCUUUCUGACCAAAGUUUUAUGCAAGUAGUGAAUUACGUAUUGCCACAACAGCAAGGACAGAAGCUGUCUGAAGUUGCAGAAGCCAUUCAAACUGUUGAAGUAGAGGUGGCACAUAUUGCAGAAGCAGAAUGA